GCCUCGCCGACGAGGUCCCAGAAAAUAUAUAACAAGCCAUCAAUUCCACAGCCCAAGUCCAAUAUCUACCCAAAUUUCCAUUCUUCUUUGGAAUCCCAUACCCCAAGUUUCCUCUCGCAUUCUACACUAUCAAUUAUCUCCUCAUACCAUCUUAACCCAAAUCUCCCACAACUCCUCCUCCUAUCGCCCCGUCCCUAUAUGUUCAAGCACACCAUAGCAAAUCCCAUCUAUCCAACCCCAAAUCUACACACCCCAUCACAAUGGCCUCCGAACCCACCACACCUGUGCGCGUCUCAAAAAGCGCCGCGAACUACACACCCACAACCCAAGAUGCAGAUUUGCGCUCGCAGAUAAAUUCCAUAUUAUUAAAGGAUGGCCAUGUUGCCAAAAUCCAAGAAACGCUCCUUCACUCCCUCCACUCCUCUCCCACAAACUGGCCAACCCUUAUCCAGAAUCACGCGCUUUCCCUCCUGCGUUCAGGACACUACACUACAUUCCCGCUGCUGAUCGCCAAAGUGCUUGAAGAUAUCCGCGCCGAUACACUUGCACUCUCGUCGUCCGAUCCCUCCAACUCAUCCCCUCAUCCCUCCACCAACGGAUCUUCAGACAAGAAGGAAAAGGAAGCAAAAGAAAAAGACGCCGCGCCUAAAGGGAGAGGCGAGAGGGGACAAAGUCUCGCGUUGCCGAAAAGUGUCGUGGACGAAGGAGUAAGGAUCACGAGGGAGUCAUUAGAGCUUGUCUGUGAGGUUGUGGAGUGAACCCCCAAACGUCUGGGGGGUCGUUGCAUUUCUGGGAGUUGAGUAAGGAGGAGCGAUGAGGAAUCAGCAUUGGCGUAAAGAGGAGACGAAGAAGCGGGGAAGGGUACAUAUCACUGGCAGCAACCUGCCUUUGUUCUGGGGCCCUCUCGAUAUAAACACAGACAUCUAAGGAAAGGAAUUGGUGGAUUCGAUAUGGAUGUAUGGACAAAAUCGGAAUCGACUUCCAAAAAAACUCUCCCAGAUCCACCUCUAUUAUUUACAUCAUUUAUCAAGAUAUCACGACACAGUCAAAGCAGAGGCAAGGAACGAGUGUAUGGGCAGUGGGUGUGCAGUGAUUACUUCAUUCUAAGCGAUGGGUGAACUACCUAUGGAGUAUACUAGGAGUUUAAAAGAACAGUUGGGAUUUGGGAUUGAUGAGGGAUUACAAGGCCGGGAAUGUUCUGGGCGUAUACGUUAAAUUUAUUGCACAAGAGAAUCAUGGACGAAUAUCAUGUAGAAUAGUCGAGGCUCUAUACAUACCCAAUCGACGUUUUCAGGACUAAGAUUUUAUGUCAACACGCCUUUACAGAUCA